UUGGCUGGGGCAUUUCAUCUGGCGUGGACGACGUUUCAAGUUGACGUGGAUGCAUGUCUAGCCAACUGGUGUUUAGUUUUUUUUGUCCUUAUCACAGUUUGUUGCGACAUCGUUUCAAUCGAUGAAAGUUUUUAUUUACUGUUAGUUACCUUUUCAAAAUGUCCUCUGUUGAAGAUGGUGAAUGUAGUCGCGGCUUGUAUCAACUCAACAAAUUCGAGAAACUGUCGGGGAGGCCUCCCAUCAGAGACUCAGGCUCUAAGAAGAGAGUAAGAUGGCUUCAGGCUCGGCGGAUCUUCUCCCCUUCGUGCCCCAACUUCCGCAUCCCUAAUAGGUUUCUGAGAGAAGGUCACUGUGCCCCCCCGGCCCGCAGCGGGCACCGGUGUGUGGCAGACAAUGCCAACCUAUAUGUGUUUGGAGGAUACAACCCUGACUUUGAGGAGGCUGGUGGCUCGGAGAACGAGGACUACCCUCUUUUCAGGGAGCUGUGGAGAUUUCACUUCGCCACGGCUACCUGGCAACAGGUCCACACAGAGGGCUACAUGCCCACCGAGCUGGCUUCCAUGUCAGCUGUCUUACACAGCAACAAUCUAUUGGUGUUUGGGGGCACUGGGAUUCCUUUUGGAGAAAGCAACGGGAACGACGUCCAUGUCUGCAAUGUUCACUACAAACGCUGGAAAUUGCUCAACUGCCGAGGGAAGAAACCCAACCGAAUCUACGGGCAGGCCAUGGCCAUCAUUAAUGGCUAUCUGUAUGUGUUUGGAGGGACGACAGGCUACGUUUACAGCACAGACCUACACAGGCUGGACCUGACUACCAGGGAGUGGACCCACCUCAAGCCCAACAACCCCCCUACGGACCUGCCAGAGGAAAGGUACAGACAUGAGGUGGCCCAUGAUGGACAGAGAAUAUACAUCCUAGGAGGCGGGACUUCCUGGACAUCAUAUCCCCUAGACAAAAUACAUGCCUACAACCUAGAGACUAACUCCUGGGAGGAGAUCAUCACGAAACCUCAUGAAAAAAUAGGGUAUCCUGCAGCACGACGGUGUCACAGUUGUGUCCAGGUCAGGCAGGAGGUGUUUCUAUGUGGGGGUUACAACGGGGAGCUGAUCCUAGCUGACCUGUGGAAGAUCAACCUGCAGACCUUUCAGUGGACCAAGCUACCCACCGUCAUGCCUGAGCCUGCUUACUUCCACUGUGCUGCAGUCACACCGGUCAGUACAUCACACACACGCACACUUUUCUGGAUGUACGAUUUUCAAUCACGUCUCUCUCUUCUCCCUGUCCUCUCCCAGGCUGGCUGUAUGUAUGUGCAUGGUGGAGUGGUGAACAUGUCAGAGAACAGGAGGACUGGGUCUCUGUACAAGGUGUGGCUAGUGGUGCCCAGUCUGCUGGAGCUGACCUGGGAGAGGCUGCUCAAGGCCUUCCCUCGCCUGGCCCAGCUCUCCUCCCUGCAGCUACUCAGCCUGGGCCUCACACACACCCUCAUCCAGCGCAUCAAGUAGACCACCAGGCCCUCACGGCUGACGUGGGAACAGGUCAAAGCAAGGACAGCGGUGAAGGCCAACGGAUCGUGGAUGGAACUGAGUUGACUCCCUUUCCUGCCACCACUGAGCAGAGGGACUGAAUGGCCAAUGGAACAAUGAACAGGUGUGUUGGCAUGUCUGGGAAUGGACUGAGGGAAGAACUGACGUCAGGUCAUCCUCAAACAUACAUUGGAUGCCAUUUUAAAAAAUUAAAUUUUUAAUGUGUGCACUUUGACUGAGUUUGAAAUCCCAAGUGGAAUGUUUGAGAUUUGUGUUGGAGUCCCUGGGACCUGGUGUAUUUCAGGGAUUGUUUGCCUUCAUAUUUCAUUAGCUAGGAGUCGAGUUUUAGUAGAAAUUGGAGUUCACUGAAAGCUACUUAUUUCAUCCUUUUAUAUGUUUGCAUGCAGCUGACCACACUAAUCAUACCUGUUAUCUUGAGUAUUGUUUCAAGGCAUUCCAAAGGGCUCUACAAUCUACGCAAAAGAUCUGCAACGUAGCCGAUGGAGGUUAGUUUGCUUAGCUCUCUACGUAGCUCUACGUAUUUUUUUUUUGUGCGGCUGAAUUUUUAGAACGUGACGCAAACGUAGCUCCGUAGACUGAAAACCACUAUGGAGAGCCCUUAACUCUACUCAUUAUUCCUCCCACCACACACAUGCUGUUCAAAAGGGAAUAGCAGAAACUUCCAACUCAGUGGUGGUUUAUUUCCUUAAUGCCGAAAGGGACUUUUUUUUUUUUUGGUCUCUUUGAUACUGUGAUGUAUAGGUUCCUGAGGGACACAGACCGGGUACAUGAUGCUGAUAAACAUGGUGUCUUGUUUUCUGUAAGGAAGCCCACUGGUAAAGAAGCAGCUGCUGCUAUGUCUACUGACUGGUCUAAUACGAAUAAGUCUCAUUUAGCAGGCUGGUGGGGCAAGGCAUUGAUUUAGGACAGACAGGGCAAAUCUUGUUCUGUAUAGUUCACCUCUUGAGCCAGUGUGAACCCCCUGUGCCAGCACUGUGAUUCUCUAGAACCUGAGUCUUACAGCUUCCGGUCUUAGACACCCUGAUCACACACACAGAGGGAGCUGUGUGAAACUGUACUGUAGCUCCAAAGUGAAAACAAGAGCACGCAAUUUAUUUCAUUUAGUGCCUUUUCAGAUCAUUUUUUCCAGUGUCACAACUGUAUUGGUUGUGUAGAGUUCUCUCCUUUUACCACGCAUGUGUCCCUGAAGCAUGGCUUUUAACUUUACUCCUAGUCACUGAAAACAUGUGUCCCUGAAGCAUGGCUUUUAACUUUACUCCUAGUCACUGAAAACAUGUGUCCCUGAAGCAUGGCUUUUAACUUUACUCCAAGUCACUGAAAACAUGUGUCCCUGAAGCAUGGCUUUUAACUCUACUCCAAGUCACUGAAAACAUGUGUCCCUGAAGCAUGGCUUUUAACUCUACUCCAAGUCACUGAAAACAUGGAAAUGUCCAUAUAGCCCUCCACCAGUCUCCGUUCCCCCAUGCUUUACUAAUAUGAGCCAUUGACUCGCUCAUCUUUUAAUGUUGUCCUCCUUCCACCUAUUCUGUUUACUGACCUUUGGUCAAACCAUUCUGUCCAUUAGCGUUCUUUUUAUUUGGGUUUCUGAAUGUCGAUCACGCAUAGUGAACCCUUAACUUGUGAAUUUGGUUGGACAGACUAUGUAUAGACUUAUUUGGUACGGUGCAGCCCAAUAUGCUGACCAGAGUGUGGGUGUGUCGAAAGGAGUGGGUGUAUGGAAAGUGAAUCGGCUAAUUGGGCAGAUUUGUUGCCACUCGAACGUUUUGCCUGUCAGUUUAAGCCAGUGCGAAUGACUAGUGCACCCGGUCUUGUAUUGCUCCAGCACUACACGGCUGACUGAAAUAACCAAAUUAUCAUUUGUUGAUUUAUUUGAAUCAGCUGUGUAGCGCUGGGGCAAAAACCACAAUGUGCACCUCUUGGAGUCCCCAGGAAACUCUGGUGUAACCUAUAGCAGAGCACUACUUUCCUUUCCACACGCCCACUACUAUCCUUUUGACAUGCCCACUCACCCAUACUCUGGGCGUCAUAUUGGCCUGCAGCUACCCCCUUCUGCAUUUAUCCUAUUUUUGCUUUUUAAAGAUGUGCACCAGUGUCUUCAGGUCAUUUUAACAUUAAACCAAACUGGAGAUGUAUCUGGUGGAAAAACCAAUGAAAUCACGACUCUGCCUUUAAAUUUUCAACAAUGUUGGGUUUAAUUUUCUUUCUUUAAUAUCCCACACAUUUUCCCUGUCAGUUAGACUGAUAGAAUGUAACUCACCUGGCACCUCUGGUCCUCCUUUUUUAUACUAUAGUUUCUGCACAGAAUACAGGUGCUCAGUCUGAAAUCAAUGCCAAUCCUCUAGCCCCCUGGCUACUACUUGUAGAUCUGGAAGACUAGGUUUGGCUUCUGACAUGUUUCUGACACCCACUCAAAUCUUUUAGGAUCAUGAGAAGUAUCAAGGGAUAGUGCCUAAGGGUUGAUUUUGGACUGGGAAAUUUGCCUUUGCUAUAACUAUACUUUUUGGGAAACUGUGGGCUUCUGUAUGAGACACUGCACCCAGUGGUCUGUAUUGUUUUGUUGGUAAUCUAUGGAAGUAAUAGAUUUUGGAACUCCAUGUCAACCUGUGAAUGUAGUCACUUUACACACGCUGUACUGAAUGUGGAUGUACACACGCUGUACUGAAAGUGGAUGGACAAACUGAACCUGACUCUACGCAAUUAAAGGCAAUCAUGAUGACGCUGUCAUGACUCCAUUAGAUUUUUUAAUUUAAUUGUUUGAAUCAAUAAAUGUACUGUAAGCACUUUUUUUUUAAACUUUGUUUGACUGGUGUAUUAUUUGGCCUGAAAAUCCAGGUACUAUGUAUUUGAUUUAACUGACUCCCUUUCAAACAAGACUUAUUUUGGCUUUGUAUUAUACUGAACAAAAAUAUCAAUGCAACAUGUAAAGUGUUGGUCCCAUGUUUCAUCAGCUGAAAUAAAAGAUCCCAGAAAUGUUC